UCUCUCUCUUGCACCACACUCGAGCAAAAUCCAUGGUAGCAAUAAAUAGCAAGAUGGGACGUCAAUUUCUUUAUUACCGGCGUUCUGGAUCAAGAAUAAAAGACCACUACACUUUGAACAGGGUUCAAUUACAUUAUGGGUUGGAACGAGAGAGGAAAAUAUGGUAUUCAUCAUGGCCGAACUCUCCGCUAUAAUGAAAGAUUACCCUAUUUCCUCGGUAGUAACACUCCGAGUGAGUUCCUUAUGAAGCACUCUGGCGACAAGCGGGGAUUCUCUGAUCCCAAGGCUGCUAGCUUCCUGAACGAGGCUUACGGAAUUGACGAUGGCCUGGACAUAGUUUGUGGUCUGGUGGUCCCCAAUGCAAGCUUUGAAAGGAUACAUCCAAUACCUCUAUAUUCCUUGGGAAAACGAAAGAGAUGGCUGUUACCAGAGCUCGUGAAGGAAAGGAUGAUGGAAUCACCAAAUGACAACGAAGAUGAUUCUGAUGAAGAGGAACUCGGUGUUUGCAUCACAGAGAGGCAUGUCCACUUUUCGCACUCUUUAGACUGCAACUGCCUAUCUGUUGCCACAGGGAAAGGGAAGCGAGGGAACGUUUUUAAACCAAAGAAAACUUACAGCACAAAACGAGAUCUGAAUCGUGGAGGCGUUGGCGAUAGACUGUUGUGCUACGAGGUUUGCUCCGCCACCCCAUCGCAGUCAUGGCCAAACUACAUAGAGAGAAAAUUUUACAAGAGAUGGGACAUGGAGCUAGGCCGGAAUAGGGACAAGGCAUCGUGCAAAGUCAGAAAGAACAAGGGAAACAGAUGGGGUGGUUACUCUGAACGUGAGAUCCGCGGGAUGGCUGGCGACUCUGGCUACUGCUCAUUCAAGAAGAAAACAAGAAAACAAAAAUGCAAGGAGCAGAAAGGGAUUAUGAGAAAAAAGACUUUUGAUUUAUUCACUAAAAGAAUGCAUACCCCUAAACAAGACAGACAUGCUACAAAGUUUGAUCUUGGAAGCUAUAUUGAAUCAGUUUUAAACAGCAAAAAUAUAGAUAACGAGGCUGAUGGACAAUUCCUAGAAGACGAGACACCCAAAAGAAAGUCGUUUAAACCCUAUGAGAAGGGUUGUGCUAUCUACAUGGAGACUAAGGGGAAGAGUGAGCUAGUGCCAGCGCAGAGCAAGCCAGAGUUUUAUGAACCAGAACUGAAGACAUCUGCUGUCAUCAACAUCAGGACUCAAGACCUGGAUCCAUCAAGACUGCAAGAGACCUGGUCAGAGCUUUACACAGAAGGGGGGUCUUUCCCUAGAAAGUUUGUCAUUGAUGUGAAACCUUUGUUAUCCAAAGAGCUCCAGGGAGAUCGCAUUUGCAAGGUCUUGUUUGAGACUGAAGUUGGACCUAAUAAAGAUCAUAAUUCUAGUUCUGUUAUCACAAGCAUUGUGACAGGAUCUUUGGACACUUUAGAUGAUGUUAAUAAUAACAUUAAAACUGACUUUGUUUCAACCCUGGCACUGCAGAAGUAUCAAGAGGGGAUGGAAUUGGAGGAUGUUAUCAAAAUUGUGGUAGCAAGUGCUUCCAGAUUACUGCCAUCUUGCAAAGCAGCCAUUCGUGGGAGUAAGUGCGAUUCCAAGUCACUGCAAAGUCUGGAUAUAUUCAAUGAGCUCCAUGGAUGGAAAUAUAAAGUGUUUUCAGUCAGUGAAGCAAAUGAGAAAUUACAGCAAGAUCUUGUCAAGCAAGCAAAGAUCAGAAGUGGAAUUGAUACAAGGGACUGGUUCAUGGUAUCCAAGGAAUGUGGAAUCUGCUUCGGGGACUUCAGAGAAAAUAAAAUGACAGCUUUGAUGUCAUGCGGUCACUCAUUCUGCACUGAAUGCUGGGAGUUUUAUCUCAAGUCACAGAUCAGCCGAGGUGAGGGAGAUAUAGGCUGUCCGGGGUACAACUGUGAUGUUACCUUGGACAAUGUGACUAUAAUGUCAUUGACACCCUCCUGGUAUCCAAAAUUCCUGAAAAGAAAGCUAAAUCGGGCUCUGGAGAUGACCAGCAGUUGGAGAUGGUGUCCAGGAAAGAACUGUCGUCAAGUGGUAAAUGGCACUGAAUUGAGCCCUAACAGCAGUGCUUGGUCAGUCCUUUGCAAAUGUGGAGGUAUCUGGUGUUUCAAGUGUGGGUCGCAAGCUCAUUGGCCUGCCUCAUGUGUAGAGGCAAGAAAGUUUUACAGGAUUGCUGGUAACUAUGAGAAACUUUUAAUUAAUGAAAGAAAGGAAUUGAUCAACUCUGUGAUGGUGAAGAACUGUCCAUCUUGUCACUACCCUAUUGAAAAGCACCUAGGCUGUAACUUUAUGACAUGUGUUAUGUGCAAAACAAAUUUCUGUUGGAUCUGUCUAAUUGAUUUUAAGGACCAUGAUAGAUGUCUGAAGGAACAGUCAUUAAAAGAAGUAGAGCUAACUAAUGAGGGUACGACUACUGCCCGAUUUGAGGGAUUUUUGGAAAUAGUCAGGAGAAACACUUUUUACAGACUUCCCAAGAAUAUUGGAGGGAAGGUUAAGAGGCUAAAGCUCUUAGCAGCCGGAGUAAACAGCUACAAGCAUAUUGCUCCCAUCAUCAAUCCUCCCUGCAGAAACCCAAUUGAGAUAGAAAAACUGAUGGAAAAAAUUAUUGCAAACAAUGUGCUCAAGGUCAUGGAGGAAGGGUUGCAAUUCUCGUACCAGGCACACUUAGCCGUAGAAGGUGCUGCAAAAAAGGCAGCUGUGUGUAAGAACAAGGGUGCUUCUGUUGUGCAUUCCAUGUCUCAACUAGAGUUUAUUGCUGACAGAAUAGAUGAGUUGUGCAUACAGCCAAUUGAACUAUGCGAAAAGGACAAGAGGGCCUGGCUGUCUCGGCUUAUUCAACUUGGAAAGGGGUAUAUGUGCAACAUGGUGAAAGUAUGUGAAAAGUAAGCUGUCCCAAUAGUAACACUUCAGCAAUUUAGAAUAUUUUUUUGUAAAUUUAAUAAAAGUUAACUUUUCUAUAAAUUCAUUUGUAAAUUAAUAAAGAUUUUAGCGGA